UUCCUCAGACCUCCUCAGCCCUGGCCUUAUGAAGCAGGGGAUCAGAGUCUCUGAGAGCCUUUAUCUAGUUCAGUACAGGGCCUAGAUUCAAAGCCUGUAGCUGGGGGAUCCACAGGACCACACAGGCCUUGCCCAGCUUCCCUCUUGUCCACAGAGGUCUCUGCCUUCCUCAGCAGUUCAUGCAGGACUGUCUGUGGUGACUCCUGAAUCCUCCCCAGGACAGCUCUCCUCUCUUCAGAGCAUCCCUCCCCAUCCCAGCUCAGGAGGAGGACUGACUGAUGGCUGGCAAGGCUGCAUACCUGUUCUCCGCAAUCCUGCUGCUGCUCCUGGCCUCAGGCUCCUGGGCACAGGACCCACAGGUACUUCGAGCACUGGAGGGCCAGACUGUUUCUGUGAAAUGCCGGUAUAAUCUCAGCUACAGCUUCAAUGAGAAGUUCUGGUGUAAGCAAAUAUCAGAAGACACUUGUCAACCCUUAGUGCCGGGUGUCAGCACAGGUGCCGAGAAGCUAAGAUUCUCCAUCGAGAACUAUCCUUUGUUCAGCUUCUUCACUGUCAUCAUGAAUGAGCUCAAGAUGAGCAACUCAGGCGUCUAUCACUGUGGGAUCGUUGAAAAUCGCAGAAAGAUCGCUUUUCUCGGAAGCAUCCAUCUGGUGGUGUUAAAAGCUUCAGCCCCACACACAACCACACGGACGACAGCAGCCCUGGCCUCUACCCUCAGCCCUGUCACUGACAGCUCUCAGGGUAACCCGAUGUGGAAGCUCAUCAUUGCUGGGGUGGUUGUGGCUAUUCUGCUACUGCUCGGACUUGCCAUACUUGUGGUCCUCUACCUGAGGAAAGCUCGAGGAAAAGCCCAGAACGUUGAAAACAAAUGUCACCCUAUCUAUGAAGACUUUUCAGGACAGAGAGAGGAGACCACUAGCUUCAAUCAGCAGGGCCUCUCCAAUGAGGACGCUGGAACCAUAUGCUAUGCCUCUCUCAUCCACCUAAACCACGUGAGGCCUCAGGACUCCAUCUACACCAACACCCAGCCCUACCGGAAGCCCUCUCCCGACCCGCUUCUGUCUGUGGAAUAUGCCAGCAUCUCUAGAAACAGACUCGGGUCUUCCAAGUCAGAUGCCUGAGAGGUAGAGACCAGGGACUGAGGGCUGAGCUCCUAGGACGGUGAGCAGGUAGGCACAAUGCUACUGUCCCCAUGGAAGAGCAGUUUCCUACAGCUAAGAUGGCCUCAGACACACUUUCUUCAAGGAAGAUGACUGAAAGUGCAAUGGAGAAGGAUUCUGGACCCCUUGUUCUCUCCCUCCCUGGAGGUGUAGGACCAAUGCUGCUAACACACAGUCUGUGUGGAAGAGAGCUGGGCCAGCCCCUCUGAGUGGCCCUAACCUCCCUUCCUUAUGUGACCAUCGCUUCCUUCCCCACUGGCUCUUGAAAUCUAGGUGGAUUGCAUAAGUUCCUCAGGAACUCUAGGCAGAACUGCAAAGUUCUGCCCAAACCCCAACCCUUCCUCACACAGGCCUGGCUCCUGUUUCUAAAACCAACCUUCAAGGAGAACUCUGGUGACCUUGCCAGGACAAAUACUAAGAUGUAGGUGGUGCCCAUCCCUGACCUGUCUUCUGAGGUCUUUCCAACCGUGACAAAAGUGGGAGCUUCCUUCCCAUAGGCAGCCACACAUCUCUGUCAGAAUGCAUCUUGGCUCCUUCUCCUAGAGGACUAGCAUUCCCUCUGCUAACUGUGUCUACCUGUACAUGCACGUAAGACCACAUGUGCCUUCUGGGAUCCUAGCACUGAAGAUGUGGUUCCGUCCGGACACAGACUGCUCACCCCUGUGAGGCAGACACUCGGGGAGGUGGGUACAGGGAAGGAAUGGGAUGCUGUGUGUGUUGCCCCGUUCCUGAGGACUCUGCCUCACCCUGCCUACCCAUGUCUUCUUCCUAAGACACAGAUUUGCCUGGCAGACACAGGAUGCUUACUACCUCCAGCCUCAUAUCCAACUCAGUGUCGCUCCUGGGUUGUCGGUCUCUGCUCAUGGUUUCAGUUGACCUGUGGUCCUUCGUGGCUCCUAACAGCACCUUUGCUCUUGGGCCAUAUAUUUCAGUCUACACCGUCUCCUGGAAGCCCACUUCUAUUGUAUGUUCUUUGGAUUAUACGUCUCCUUGCCUGUGGCUCAUCCAGAGGGUUGGGCUUCUCAUGAGCUGUCAAAACCCAAAACGUUUUCUCAGACUGGAGCUCUUGGAGCGGACUCGCCUUUAUUCACUGGAACAGUAGCAAUGGAUACGUAGGACUCCCAGGGUCUACACUCAAGCUCGAGGACAAGAGAGAUUGAUUCUAGGAUAUAGUUGGGAGCGCUUAUAAUGUGCCCUGCGCCUCUAUGUGGAUGAAGAGCCCAAAGAGCCCUAUUUAUAUGCAUGUCUCCAUUUUACAGAUGGAGACAUAUUGAGGCACAGGGAGACUGGGUCUCCCAGGUAAUAAACAGUAGAUUGCA